ACACAGAGCUCAACCGACCGUCCUAGUGUGCAUUUUACCUCAGUCUUUUGGCCUGCCGUGAUCAUGAAGACAACGUUAGUUCUCUUCGGCUUCUUCCUUGCCUUAGUGCAAUGCCACUUCUCCGUACCUGAGAAAGCUGGACUCCACCUUUUCAAGAAAAGGCCUAUUCAUUCUGGGGUGAAAGCUCUGCUUAAACCUGAGCCUAUACCUGGGCAAAAUCAUGAUUGCAAACCAACUGACGUAUGCGUUGCCAACGGUGGUUAUUGCAUACGAAGCAAGAUGGAAGAAGACUGCAAUGGCCUCUUCUUUCCCAAGGAAUGCAAGUUGGCCCAUUGUUCCUGCUGCGUGGAAGAUAAAGAUAAAUGUGACAGCAAUCCAUGUGGUCCAAACUCCCACUGCCAAAGCACACCCGGCAGUUACGAAUGUGUCUGCGAUGCUGGGUACGAAAAAGUCAACGGGGAUUGUGUUGAUGUUAAUGAAUGUGACUCGGGCAACAAUGCUUGUCUAAGCAAUGAAUAUUGCGCCAACGUCCCAGGAAGUUACACCUGUACAAAUAUGUGUGACAGUAAUCCGUGCGGUCCAAACUCCCACUGCCAGAGCACACCCGGCAGUUACGAAUGCGUCUGCGAUGCUGGGUACGAAAAAGUCAACGGGGAUUGUUUUGAUAUGUGUGACAGUAAUCCGUGCGGUCCAAACUCCCACUGCCAGAGCACACCCGGCAGUUACGAAUGCGUCUGCGAUGCUGGGUACGAAAAAGUCAACGGGGAUUGUUUUGAUGUUAAUGAAUGUGACUCGGGCAACAAUGCUUGUCUAAGCAGUGAACAUUGCGCCAACGUCCCAGGAAGUUACACCUGUACAAAAGGAUGCGAGCCAGGCUUGACAUACCUGCCCGUGAACGACAGAUGUGGCAAGCUCCUCUCUGGGAAUAUGACCUACGAUGAAGGGAGGGCGAUGUGCAUCGAUAAUUCGCUCAUUGUAGGUGCUAUAUCCACACAAGAACAAGCCAACGGUUACGGUGAGGCUUUCUUGCCCAACGAUGGUG